UAUUAUUAUCAAAAAAUGAGUGCACAAAGUCAACUCCCAGUUAUUCAUAAGAGACAAAGUCUCGAGUCUCCAACUCACCCAUUAGUUAUACCUGAAAUUCUUGAAAAUAUAUUCAGAUACCUCCCUACAACAGCAUUGGUUAGAGUAACCUAUGUUAGUAAACUAUGGAGAUUAGAGGCCAGAAAUAAACUUUAUCAAAAUCGUAGUGAAAUUAUAUAUGAUUUCCAUAAGUGGUUCUUGAACACAUUCAGGCUUAAGUGGGAUAUUCCUUGGGAAUUAAUGUCAGAUUUUCAUGUAUCUAUUGCCAAAGCUAAAAAAUUUCGAGAUACUUUUCAGUUAAAUAUUAGGGCAGAACUACUUAUUAUAAGAGACCAACUACAUGAUAAGUAUACAUCUAUGGCAGUGGCAUAUAAAGAAAAAAAUCAAGCCUGUGUAGAAUCCCAUGAAUUAUUUCGUGUUGAUCCAGGAAAUAUUGUAAAUUAUGCUAAUUACCGAAAAUUGGAUAGAGAACGAAUGCUUAUUCAACAUAAUAGAUUCAAUUUACACCGAGAAUUA